GUGCGCAGUUCCCGGCGGGAGCGGGGCGGGCCCGGGGCGGCCAUGGCGGCGCAGGAGGCGGCGGUGCGGGCACAGGCGGAGGCGGUGCGGAGGCUCAAGCAGGACAAGGCCGAUCCCGACGAGAUUGCAAAGGAGGUGGCAAAGCUGCUGGAGAUGAAGGCCCAGCUGGGGGGAGAUGAGGGGAAACCCAAGUUUGUGCUCAAGACCCCCAAGGGCACGCGGGACUACGGCCCCAAGCAAAUGGCCAUCCGGGAGAGGGUCUUCAGUGCCAUCAUCUCCUGCUUCAAGCGCCACGGGGCAGAAGUCAUUGACACACCCGUGUUCGAGCUGAAGGAGACGCUGAUGGGGAAAUACGGGGAAGACUCAAAGCUCAUCUACGAUCUGAAGGAUCAAGGAGGGGAGCUGCUGUCCCUGCGCUACGACCUGACAGUGCCCUUCGCUCGCUACCUGGCCAUGAACAAGAUCACCAACAUCAAGCGCUACCACAUUGCCAAGGUGUACAGGAGGGACAACCCCGCCAUGACCCGGGGCCGCUACCGCGAGUUCUACCAGUGUGACUUCGACAUCGCCGGGCAGUUCGACCCGAUGAUUCCCGAUGCCGAGUGCCUGAAGAUCGUGCAUGAGAUCCUGAGUGACCUGCAGCUCGGGGACUUUGUCAUCAAGGUCAACGACCGGCGCAUCCUCGAUGGGAUGUUUGCAGUUUGUGGGGUCCCAGACAGCAAGUUCCGAACCAUCUGCUCCAGUGUUGACAAACUGGAUAAGGUGCCGUGGGAGGAAGUGAGGAGCGAGAUGGUGGGAGAGAAGGGGCUCUCUCCCGAGGCUGCGGAUCGCAUCGGGGAGUACGUCCAGCUCCAUGGUGGGCUGGACCUGAUCGAGCGGCUCCUCCAGGACCCAAAGCUGUCGCAGAACAAGCUGGCCAAGGAGGGGCUCGGGGACAUGAAGCUGCUGUUCGAGUACCUGACCCUGUUUGGCAUCACAGGGAAGAUCUCCUUCGACCUGAGCCUGGCCCGGGGCCUGGACUAUUACACGGGGGUGAUCUUUGAGGCCGUGCUGCUGCAGCAGGAGAACGAGCACGUGGAGGAGCUGGUGGGCGUCGGGAGCGUGGCUGGAGGCGGCCGCUACGACGGGCUGGUGGGGAUGUUUGAUCCCAAGGGCCGGAAGGUGCCCUGCGUGGGGGUCAGCAUUGGGAUCGAGCGGAUCUUCUCCAUCCUGGAGCAGAGGCUGGAGGCCUCUGAGGAGAAGAUCAGGACAACAGAGACGCAGGUGCUGGUGGCCUCUGCCCAAAAGAAGCUCCUUGAAGAGCGGCUGAAGCUCAUCUCCGAGCUGUGGGAUGCUGGAAUCAAGGCAGAGAUGCUGUACAAGAAGAACCCCAAGCUGCUGAACCAGCUGCAGUACUGUGAGGACACGGGCAUCCCUCUGGUCGCCAUCGUGGGUGAGCAGGAGCUCAAGGAUGGAGUCGUCAAGCUGCGGAUUGUGGCAACUAGGGAGGAGGUCAACAUCCGCAGGGAGAGCCUGGUGGAGGAGAUCAGGACAAGAACGAGCCAGCCUUAAACCCCCUUUGGGACACGUCUGCUCCUCGGUUGGAUUCUGGCUGACAGAUUUCCUCCUGUAAAUGCCUUGGCCAGGCUGUGCAGCAGCGGGUGGGGGGUCGGGGGGGCUCUGAAAGCUGUAUUUAUUCUUGUCUCAUGCCCUCCCUCCCCCGGCGGGAGCAGAGGCUGCGCCAACCCCUGCGCCCUGCCCUGGCCCUCGAGAAUGUCGCUGGGAAGACGUUGUGGAGUGGCUCUGGCAGACCCCUCUGCCGCAGAGACCCGUGGAGCCCCAGCAGACCCCGGCGGGCUUGGCUGCAGCUUCUUGUUCCCGUCGCGUUGAAUAACCAUCCCGGCCCGUCUGGCUGCAGGGCGGUGACCUUCUCCCCAGCAAAAUGUAACGGCGCAGCUCCCAGAAACAUAAUAAAUCUGUCUGUCCCCCGCCGUGA